AUGGCGACCGUAGACGAGAGUUCUUCAGCUAAGAGAUGGCUUCCACUUGAAGCUAACCCAGAAGUCAUGAAUCAGUUUCUAUGGGGACUUGGUCUUGCCCCAGAUGCAGCUGAGUGCAGUGAUGUUUUUGGCUUAGACGACGAACUUCUUGAGAUGGUUCCAAAGCCUGUUCUUGCUGUUCUCUUCCUUUACCCAAUCACCAAAAAGAGUGAAGAAGAGAGAAUCGAGCAAGACAAGGAAAUCAAGGAAAAGGCUCAUAGUGAUAAAGUUUACUUCAUGAAACAAACUGUGGGUAACGCUUGUGGAACCAUUGGGCUGCUUCAUGCUAUUGGGAAUAUAACCUCAGAAAUCAAGCUUUCUGAGGGAUCGUUCUUGGACAAAUUCUUCAAAUCCACUGCCAAUAUGACUCCUAUGGAGGCUUCAGACGGCGUGGACACACAUUUCAUCUGUUUAGCUUGUGUAGAUGGGGAGCUUUAUGAACUUGAUGGAAGAAAGGCUGGGCCUAUCUCACACGGUGCUUCCUCUCCAGCUACCCUGUUGCAGGACGCAGCGAAGGUAAUAAAGAAGAUGAUUGAGAAGAAUCCGAGUUCUCUCAACUUCAAUGUGAUAGCCAUCUCUAAGAGUGCCUGA